UAGAUCAGCCAGAAGAGCCUCGAGUGCUUUUUGGCCGAGGAGGAGAUGGCUGCCGGGAGGAGGUGAGCAUCUUGGGGAGGAUGGCGUAGCCGCACUCCAGCUCCAGGCCGGGCCCUGAGGAUGAGCCACUAGAGCGCCAUGGACGGAGCCCAGCGCGCAGGACUGCAGCUGCAGCAGCUCCCGCCCACCAGCAGCGCCGCCUCCGGGGGCGAGGCUUCCUUCUCCUACAAGGAAAACCUGAUUGGCGCCCUCUUGGCGAUUUUUGGGCACCUCGUGGUCAGCAUCGCACUUAACCUCCAGAAGUACUGCCACAUCCGCCUGGCGGGCACCAAGGACCCGCGCGCCUACUUCAAGACCAAGACCUGGUGGCUGGGCCUCUUCCUGCUGCUGCUGGGCGAGCUGGGCGUGUUCGCCUCCUACGCCUUCGCCCCGCUCUCGCUGAUCGUGCCCCUCGGCGCCGUCUCCGUGAUAGCUAGCGCCAUCAUAGGAAUCAUAUUCAUCAAAGAAAAAUGGAAACCUAGAGACUUUCUGAGGCGCUAUGUCUUGUCCUUCGYGGGCUGCGGUUUGGCUAUCGUGGGCACCUACCUGCUGGUGACCUUCGCCCCCAACAGCCACGAGAAGAUGACGGGCGAGAACAUCACCAGGCACCUCGUGAGCUGGCCCUUCCUCCUGUACAUGCUGGUGGAGAUCAUUCUCUUCUGCCUGCUGCUCUACUUCUACAAGGAGAAGAACGCCAACAGCAUCGUCGUGAUUCUCCUCUUGGUGGCUUUGCUCGGCUCCAUGACAGUGGUGACAGUCAAGGCUGUGGCUGGGAUGCUGGUCCUGUCCAUCCAGGGGAACCUGCAGCUCGACUACCCCAUCUUCUACGUGAUGUUCGUGUGYAUGGUGGCCACCGCCAUCUACCAGGCUGCGUUCCUAAGCCAAGCCUCCCAGAUCUACGACUCCUCCUUGAUUGCCAGUGUGGGCUACAUCCUGUCCACCACUGUGGCCAUCACUGCAGGUGCAGUGUUUUACCUGGACUUCGUCGGGGAGGAUGCGCUGCACAUCUGCAUGUUUGCACUCGGGUGCCUCAUUGCGUUCCUGGGAGUCUUCUUAAUCACACGGAACAGGAAGAGGGCCAUUCCAUUUGAGCCCUACAUUUCCAUGGAUGCCAUGCCAGGGAUGCAAAACAUGCAUGACAAGGGGAUGACGGUGCAGCCUGACCUCAAAGCUUCUUUUUCCUAUGGGGCCCUGGAAAACAACGACAGCAUUUCYGAGAUCUACGCUCCUGCCACACUGCCAGUCAUGCAAGAGGAACACGGCUCCCGAAGUACCCCGGGGGUUCCCUACCGAGUGCUGGAGCACACCAAGAAGGAGUGAGCCUCCCGGACYGAAGCUCGCCCCCCUGGCCGCCCACACCCGGCUGACGUGGCCCCCUUCCUUCUACAACUUGCCUUUCAAGUCGUUUUUUUUUUUUUUUUUUUUGAUCAAGAACUCUAUAGAAGGGGGAUCUUGGAAAGCCUUUGUGACCUUGGUCUUGAACUUCCAAAUGGGGAGGCUGGGGAGGGGGAGAAGAGUAUUCCAGGUGGGCUGCGUGGAAUUCAGCCCAGCCUGGCUUAGCCUUCUGGCCUCCCGAGGGCACUGAGCCUCCCCAGGCAGUGACCAAAGGUUGCCGUGCUCUUGGGCGCUGCAGGCAGAGAUUCUGCUCUUACUCCUAAAUCCAGCRAAGCCCUGGGGACCUCUGAACUCGUCCUCCACCACUUGCAGGCUCAUCUCCCACCGUCUCACUCAMAAUUCGCAUUUUUGACAAUAUCCACUGGCUCUGUUCAGGGGCAUAGCAGGCCUGCUGUGAGCGGAACACACGGUCACUGGCGCCUUGGCAGUGUCCCUCGGCCUCUGGUCAUCAGUGUUGGAUCUGCUCUAGAAACUAAUGUGGUAUUGGUCCUGUGAGAACUGCAUGAUCGUGUUUCCCCCAAAGGAAUGGGGGAGUUAGAGAAGGAGGAGGAGAAUAGGAGGACUUGGAGCCAGGGGAUGUCUUUAUACAGGACAGACGGGGAAAUCUGAGUUACUUUCCCUCCCAACACCCGCUGGGAAGUCUGGAGACGCUCAGCCCAGAGCCAGCCUGCAGCCGCCCCCUCCAUGCUCUCCUUCAGAGACCUACCACCCACCUGGUCAUUUCCCUGGAAUCAGUGCAGGCUGCUGGGGUCCCCGGCCACAGCGCURUGCCUGGGAGAAGCAGCUGUACUCACAGAUGGGCUGCUGCUCCCUCUGGCUGCAGACCUGAUCAUCUUAAAGGAAAGAAAGGUUUGCAAACUUUAAUGAACAUAAGGGUCCCUCAGGAGUUUAUAUAAAAUGCAGAUUCCUGCACCCCAGCCACGGAGACAUUUUAGGUGGGCCUAUGGGGUAGGGCCCAAGUAUCUGCAUUGGCAAAUGGCACCAUAGCUAGUAACCCGAGAUCACAGCCCCCGAAAGCCUGCAGUGGAAAGAGGCAGCUCUUGGGACCCCAAGGGGCCCCUGCUAGAAGGUGAGAGUUGUGCUUCCAUUUCCUCUCUGGGCUGCUUGUGGCAGGUUGAGUGGCCCCAUAGGAUCUGUAGCUUUCCCCCACCCUUUGAGUACUACUUAGAUCAGCUGCUGCUUCCCAGGGCAGCCUUUAACUAAGGCAGGAUAACAGUGUUAACAGGCCAGUGUUGAUAGGUCACUUAUCUCUAUAGAUUGUGCUUAAUGCUGAUUUAGUUCCCUGACUUCACAAUUCCUGUUGUCCAUAAUAACCACUCUGUAUUAUGUCUUAACCACUUCUGUAUUGUCUUAAACGCCUACCAAGGCAACAAAGAGCUUUUUGUUCCCUUAGGAUGAGUAUCGAAACCGUUCAACAAUAUUUAUGAGGUAUUUACUGCUGUUAAGCAUUUAGAGGGUGAAGCUACAGCAGGACAGGGUUCCCAUCCUCCAGCCAGCAGGGGGAGACACAGGGAUGCAGGAGACUCCUGCAGGGCUGUGAGAGGUGCACACUUUUUUUGCGGGGCUGGGAUGAACCCCAGGCCUUGCGCACAAUAGGUAAGUACUCUACCCCUGAGCUACACUCCCAGCCCCAAGAGUAGACCACAGAAAGCAACAGGCCAGGCCCUGAGCCCAAAGGGUUUUCAAAAUUGGAGGUGAUUCUGGCCCCAGGAACAGAUAGUAGUGACAAUGACGGUGCCAAGCUAAGAUUUGAGCAGAGCAUAUAGAGUGGGGUGGUCUCACACACUCUGCUCCAGCAGAAGAGCUAG